AUGGAGAUCGCUCCAUCUUCGAGUAGAUUUAAGCUCUACGAUCAAUUUGAGCUUCUGGAGUUUCCUGAUAAGUACGUAGUCAAACCCGUCGAAUCGCCUCAUGAAGGCUUCUCCGUCGAUCGGCGCGAUGGCAGCAUCAAACCUCUUGAUGAAAACACUUCUUCUGGGAAUCCUACCAAAGUCUCUACUAUCUAUGGCGUAGGAGGAACUAUUAGGCUCUUAGCAGGAACAUACUUGCUCGUUAUAAACUCUCGGGAGGAAGUUGGGACAUUCCUCGGUUUCCCCAUUUUUCGAAUUACGGCUAUGAAAUUCCUACCUUGCAAUGAUGCGUCAAGGUUUGCUACUGCUCAAGAAAAAAAGGACGAAGCCUAUUUUAGGACUCUGUUAUUAGCACUCGAGUCAACCCCUGGAUUGUAUUUUUCAUAUGAAACAGAUCUAACAGUAAACCUGCAAAGAAGGUUCAAGUUAGCGGAAGGUUGGAUGCGUAAGCCCGUAUGGAAGCAGGCUGACCCUCGAUAUGUAUGGAACUGGCAUCUUUUGGAGGAAUUAAUUGAAUGCAAACUGGAUGGCUUUAUUAUCCCCAUUAACAAAAGGUUAAGUUACCAAGUUGCUAAGCUGCAGCUCAAGAAUUCUCCUGCAGUGAUAUCGUUGAUUUCCAGGCGCUGUACACGGCGUCUAGGUACACGUAUGUGGAGAAGAGGAGCCAAUCUUGAUGGGGACACGGCUAAUUUUGUCGAAACUGAACAAGUGGUGGAGAUUAAUGGUUUCAAGUUCUCACUGUUGCAGGUUCGGGGUUCAAUUCCACUUCUUUGGGAACAGAUAGUUGACUUGAGCUAUAAGCCACAGCUUAAGAUAAAUAAGCAUGAAGACACGCCAAAAGUUGUGCAGCGUCAUUUCCAUGAUCUUUGCCAAAGAUAUGGAGAAAUUAUGGCCGUUGACCUAACAGAUCAGCAUGGAGCUGAAGGUGAAUUAAGCAAAGCAUAUGCCACGGAAAUGGAGAAGCUUCCAAAUGUGAGAUAUGUUUCCUUUGACUUCCAUAACAUCUGUGGAACUACAAACUUUGACAACUUGGGGGUACUGUAUGAAGAGAUUGGGGAUGAAUUUGAAAAGCAAGGAUAUUUCCUUGUAGACGCAGACGAGAACAUCCUAGAAGAGCAGAAAGGAGUUGUCAGAUCUAACUGCAUCGACUGUCUUGACCGCACAAAUGUUACCCAGAAUUACAUGGCCCAAAAAAUUCUGAAUCUACAACUUCAAAGGAUCGGAGUGUUUGAUUCUACAGAGUGUGUAUCUAAGUUUGAAGAUGAUUACACGAAGUUCAAAACAAUUUGGGCUGAGCAAGGGGACGAAAUUAGCUUGCAAUACGCUGGGACCUAUGCUCUUAAGGGAGACCUUGUCAGGUACGGGAAACAGACAGUGACUGGAGCAAUAAAAGAUGGCAUGAGUGCGUUGUCAAGAUAUUAUCUGAACAAUUUCCAGGAUGGUGUGAGGCAGGAUGCUUUGGAUCUCAUAAGUGGUCGCUACACAGUUGGCUCAAACAGCCCUUCACAAAUCCAGCCCAUUGGAGCACAACCCUCUUUCUUGCCGGUAGCAUCAGCAUUGUUGAUAGGUGGUGUAACAGUGACAUCUUUCACAAUUCAUCAAGCGGGAAGAAACACGCAGCAGUAUCUGGCGUCAGCAUUGUGGGCAGGAGUGACUGCAGGAGUUGUGGCGAUGAUCAAGGCCAAUGGAAGGCACUUGUGUUCUAGGCCUCGUCUUUGCCAUCUCAUUUGA